GCCGGGUUUGUGGGUCUGUCUGGCGUUCGUGCGAUCCCUGAGCGCCGUGUCCUGUGACUGGGAGCGACCCCCGCAAGCCUGGCGUGGGGGGCGGACGAGGGCGCGGCGGCGCAGCUGUCCGCUGGCAUCCUCAGCUCUGUCGGGCGCUCGGCACCCGCCGAGGGAAGUAAAAAUAAAACCGAAAGGGAGGGAGGAGCGGAGGCAGUCGCCGACGGAGUGUGAUGGGGAGCUCGUGAGCGGGGCCGAGAGUUUCAGAUUUCUCAUUGUACGGAUCACUGAUCGAAUAAUAGAUGGCUUUACCUCGUCUCACUGGAGCCUUGCGCUCCUUUUCAAAUGUCACCAAACAAGAUAAUUAUAAUGAAGAAGUGGCUGACUUAAAGAUGAAGCGGUCUAAACUUCAUGAACAAAUUGUAGGUUUGGACCUGACAUGGAAGAAGAUAGUAAAAUUCUUGAAUGAAAAACUGGAGACGAGUGAAAUGCAAAGUGUAAAUGAAGACUUAAAAGAUAUAUUGCAGGCUGCAAAGCAAAUAGUUGGAAUGGAUAAUGGGAAAGAAGUGAUUGAAAGUGCGGCUGCGUUUCUCUUCCAGACAUUUCACUUGAAGGACUGUGUUGGUCACAGGGAGACAAAGGCUAUCAAGCAGAUGUUUGGUCCCUUCCCAUCAUCAUCUGCCACUGCAGCUUGUAAUGCUACUAAUCGAAUUACUUCUCAUUUUCAUCAAGACAGUCUUACUGCUCUUGUCCAGAUGACAAAAGAGGAAAAUGGUGAUAGAGUUUUAUUUGGUAAAAAUUUAGCAUUUUCAUUUGACAUGCAUGAUUUGGACUACUUUGACGAACUGCCAAUAAAUGGUGAAGCCCAGAAAACUAUAAGCCUAGAUUACAAGAAGUUUAUGAAUGAACAUUUUGAGGAACAUUCUACCCCAGGGCUCAAGCCUGUGGAAAAAACAAACGACUCUCUUUUGUGGUGUGAAGUUGAGAAGUACUUAAAUGCAACUCUAAAUGAAAUGGCUGAAGCAACAAGAAUAGAAGAUCUUUGCUGUACUUUAUAUGAUAUGCUUGCUUCUGUUAAAAGUGGUGAUGAACUUCAGAAUGAGCUAUUUGAACUGCUGGGACCUGAUGGACUUGAACUUAUUGAGAAGCUCCUCCAGAACAGAAUUACAAUUGUGGAUAGAUUUCUUAAUUCUUCAAAUGAUCAUAAGUUGCAGGCUCUUCAAGACAAUUGCAAAAAAAUUUUAGGAGAAAAUGCUAAACCUAAUUAUGGCUGUCAAGUCACUAUUCAGUCUGAACAAGAAAAACAGUUAAUGAAACAAUAUCGCCGUGAAGAAAAAAAAAUUGCCAGACGAGAAAAAAAGGCUGGAGAAGAUGGAGAAGUUUCAGAAGGACUCGUGGGCUUUGAUCCUAAGGAAUUGCGGAUGCAAAGAGAGCAGGCACUUUUGAAUGCCAGAAGCGGUCCCAUUCUGAGCAGGCAGAGAGACAUGGAUGUUGAAAAAAUACGUUAUCCCCAUGUUUAUGAUUCCCAGGCUGAAGCCAUGAAAACGUCAGCAUUCAUUGCUGGUGCAAAGAUGAUUUUACCAGAAGGAAUCCAAAGAGAGAAUAACAAGAUGUAUGAAGAAGUAAAGAUUCCCUACAGUGAACCAAUGCCAGUUGGCUUUGAGGAAAAACCAGUUUAUAUCCAAGACUUAGAUGAGAUUGGGCAGCUGGCUUUUAAAGGAAUGAAGAGACUCAAUAGAAUCCAGUCAAUUGUGUUUGAGACUGCCUACAACACCAAUGAGAACAUGCUGAUUUGUGCCCCUACUGGAGCUGGAAAGACCAACAUUGCAAUGCUUACAGUUUUGCAUGAAAUUCGCCAACAUUUUCAACAAGGUGUUAUCAAAAAGAAUGAAUUUAAGAUUGUAUAUGUUGCUCCAAUGAAAGCCUUGGCAGCUGAGAUGACAAAUUACUUCAGCAAACGUCUAGAACCACUGGGCAUUGUUGUGAAAGAACUGACUGGUGAUAUGCAGUUGUCAAAAAGUGAAAUUUUACGAACUCAGAUGCUUGUGACCACACCAGAAAAAUGGGAUGUAGUGACAAGAAAGAGUGUUGGGGACGUAGCUCUUUCCCAGAUUGUAAAGCUCCUCAUUCUUGAUGAAGUUCACUUGCUGCAUGAGGAUAGAGGACCCGUGUUAGAAAGCAUCGUGGCACGUACUUUACGGCAGGUUGAAUCCACACAGAGUAUGAUAAGGAUUCUUGGGCUCUCUGCAACCUUACCCAACUACCUCGAUGUUGCUACGUUUUUACACGUUAAUCCCUGCAUUGGACUUUUCUACUUUGAUGGCCGUUUUCGACCAGUUCCUCUUGGACAGACAUUUCUGGGUGUUAAAAGUGCAAAUAAGGUGCAGCAAUUGAAUAACAUGGAUGAAGUAUGCUAUGAAAGUGUUUUGAAGCAAGUAAAGGCUGGACACCAGGUGAUGGUGUUUGUACAUGCUCGGAAUGCCACUGUAAGAACAGCUAUGUCUCUGAUAGAAAGAGCAAAAAAUAAUGGCCAGAUUUUGUGCUUUUUACCUGCACAAGGACCUGAAUAUGGACAUGCAGAAAAACAGGUGCAAAAGUCAAGAAAUAAGCAAGUACGAGAAUUAUUCCCAGAUGGUUUUAGUAUUCAUCAUGCAGGAAUGCUUCGGCAGGACAGAAAUUUGGUUGAAAACUUGUUUUCCAAUGGUCAUAUCAAAGUCCUAGUCUGUACAGCUACAUUAGCCUGGGGUGUCAAUCUUCCUGCUCAUGCUGUUGUUAUUAAGGGAACACAAAUAUAUGCUGCAAAAAGAGGCUCCUUUGUUGACCUUGGAAUUUUAGAUGUCAUGCAGAUAUUUGGUCGAGCUGGAAGACCACAAUUUGACAGAUUUGGGGAAGGAAUCAUCAUAACAACACAUGAUAAACUCAGCCAUUACCUCACUUUGCUCACUCAACAAAACCCAAUUGAGAGUCAGUUUCUGGAAAGCCUUGCAGAUAACCUAAAUGCAGAGAUUGCUCUGGGAACAGUUACUAACGUGGAAGAAGCAGUGAAGUGGAUAAGUUACACUUAUCUUUAUGUACGGAUGAGAGCAAAUCCAUUAGUAUAUGGCAUCAGUCACAAGGCUUAUCAGAUUGACCCAACAUUAGCAAAGCAUCGAGAACAAUUGGUCAUUGAAGUUGGUCGCAAACUAGACAAAGCUCGGAUGAUUCGUUUUGAGGAGCGAACUGGAUACUUUUCCUCAACCGAUUUGGGCAGAACCGCCAGCCACUACUAUAUUAAAUACAACACGAUUGAGACCUUCAAUGAACUCUUUGAUGCUCACAAAACAGAAAGUGAUAUUUUUGCUAUAGUCUCCAAAGCUGAAGAAUUUGAUCAAAUCAAGGUCAGAGAAGAGGAAAUAGAGGAGUUAGAUGCCUUAUUAAACAAUUUCUGUGAACUCUCAGCUCCUGGAGGUGUAGAGAACAGUUAUGGAAAAAUAAACAUCUUACUUCAAACUUACAUCAGCCGAGGAGAGAUGGACAGUUUCUCUCUCAUAUCAGAUUCUGCAUAUGUUGCACAGAAUGCAGCUAGAAUUGUCCGUGCUCUUUUUGAAAUUGCUCUGAGGAAACGUUGGCCUGCCAUGACCUACAGGCUCCUGAAUCUUAGUAAAGUCAUCGACAAGAGGCUUUGGGGUUGGGCUAGCCCUUUGAGACAAUUUUCAGUCUUACCACCACACAUUCUAACAAGAUUAGAAGAAAAAAAUCUUACUGUGGAUAAGCUGAAAGACAUGAGGAAAGAUGAAAUAGGUCACAUGCUGCAUCAUGUGAAUAUUGGACUCAAGGUCAAACAAUGUGUUCAUCAGAUUCCUUCAGUUACAAUGGAAGCAUCCAUUCAGCCCAUCACACGGACUGUCCUCCGAGUGACACUCAGCAUCUCUCCUGAUUUCACUUGGAAUGAUCAGGUCCAUGGGACAGUAGGAGAACCCUGGUGGAUUUGGGUAGAAGAUCCUACAAAUGAUCAUAUUUAUCAUUCAGAGUAUUUUAUAGUUCUUAAAAAACAGGUUCUUAGUAAAGAAGCUCAACUACUGGUAUUUACAAUCCCUAUUUUUGAGCCUUUGCCUUCCCAAUACUACAUCCGAGCAGUGUCUGAUAGAUGGUUGGGAGCUGAGGCUGUAUGUAUUAUCAAUUUUCAGCAUCUGAUUCUACCAGAGAGACAUCCUCCCCAUACAGAAUUACUGGAUCUUCAGCCUUUACCAAUCACGGCUUUGGGAUGUGAAGCAUAUGAAGCGCUGUACAACUUCAGCCACUUUAACCCUGUGCAGACACAAAUAUUUCAUACACUGUAUCACACAGACUGUAAUGUCCUACUUGGAGCACCCACUGGAUCGGGAAAGACUGUUGCAGCUGAAUUAGCCAUUUUCAGAGUCUUCAACAAGUACCCUACUUCAAAGGCAGUGUAUAUUGCACCCCUAAAAGCCCUAGUACGUGAAAGAAUGGAUGAUUGGAAAGUUAGAAUAGAAGAAAAACUUGGUAAAAAAGUUAUUGAACUAACAGGGGAUGUGACUCCAGAUAUGAAAUCCAUUGCCAAGGCUGACCUUAUCGUCACCACACCAGAGAAGUGGGAUGGAGUCAGCAGAAGCUGGCAAAAUAGGAACUAUGUAAAGCAAGUCACUAUUCUCAUCAUAGAUGAGAUCCAUCUGCUAGGGGAGGAAAGAGGCCCUGUUCUAGAAGUCAUUGUAUCUCGAACGAAUUUCAUUUCAUCUCACACAGAAAAGCCUGUUAGAAUAGUUGGACUCUCUACUGCAUUAGCUAAUGCCAGAGACCUUGCUGACUGGCUCAAUAUUCAUCAGAUGGGCUUGUUCAACUUCCGACCAUCAGUACGUCCAGUUCCCCUGGAAGUUCACAUUCAGGGCUUCCCGGGUCAACAUUACUGUCCUCGUAUGGCUAGUAUGAAUAAGCCUACAUUUCAGGCAAUUAGAAGCCAUUCUCCAGCCAAACCUGUUUUGAUAUUUGUCUCAUCAAGACGUCAGACGCGUCUUACUGCUUUGGAAUUGAUAGCGUUUCUGGCUACUGAAGAAGACCCAAAGCAGUGGUUGAAUAUGGAUGAAGGAGAGAUGGAGAACAUCAUUGGAACGCUAAGAGAUUCCAACCUGAAGCUGACACUUGCUUUCGGCAUAGGAAUGCAUCAUGCUGGUCUACAUGAGAGAGACCGAAAAACAGUAGAGGAACUAUUUGUAAACUGUAAAGUUCAGGUUCUUAUUGCUACAAGUACAUUAGCCUGGGGUGUAAACUUUCCAGCUCAUUUAGUAAUUAUUAAGGGAACAGAAUACUAUGAUGGAAAAACAAGACGUUAUGUGGAUUUUCCCAUUACAGACGUACUGCAGAUGAUGGGGCGUGCUGGGAGGCCUCAGUUUGAUGACCAAGGCAAAGCUGUAAUUCUGGUUCAUGAUAUAAAGAAAGACUUUUACAAAAAAUUUCUUUAUGAACCUUUCCCAGUAGAAUCAAGCUUAUUGGGAGUGCUCUCUGACCAUUUAAACGCAGAGAUUGCUGGUGGUACAAUAACAUCUAAGCAAGAUGCAAUGGAUUAUAUCACCUGGACUUACUUUUUCCGACGUCUUAUCAUGAACCCCAGCUACUACAAUUUGAGUGAUGUGAGCCAUGAUUCUGUGAACAAGUUUCUAUCCAAUCUGGUCGAGAAGUCCCUGGUUGAGUUGGAACAUUCCUAUUGUAUUGAAAUUGGAGAGGAUAAUCGGAGCAUUGAACCUCUGACAUACGGCCGAAUUGCCUCUUAUUACUAUUUGAAGCACCAGACAGUUAGAAUGUUCAAGGAGCGUUUGAAACCUGAAUGCGGUACUGAAGAAUUGCUUUCAAUUCUGAGUGAUGCAGAAGAAUACACAGAUUUGCCAGUAAGGCACAAUGAAGAUCAUAUGAAUAGUGAACUGGCAAAAUGUCUUCCCCUGGAGUCGAAUCCUCAUUCAUUUGACAGCCCUCACACCAAAGCACAUCUCCUACUCCAGGCCCAUCUCAGCCGAACCAUGCUGCCCUGCCCAGAUUAUGACACCGAUACCAAAACAGUCUUGGACCAAGCGCUCAGAGUAUGUCAGGCAAUGCUGGAUGUGGCUGCAAACCAGGGCUGGCUGGUGACUGUCCUAAACAUCACCAACCUGGUUCAGAUGGUGAUCCAGGGUAGGUGGUUAAAAGACUCUUCUCUUCUUACAGUACCAAACAUAGAACUCCACCAUCUUCACAUUUUCAGGAAGUGGAGCUCAGGUACAAAGGGCCCACGUGCUGGGGGCCACGGCUUCAUCGAGUGCCUUCCUGAGCUGCUCCAUGCCUGUGGAGGGAAAGACCAUGUAUUCAGCUCCAUGAUGGAAAAUGAGCUACCAGCUGCAAAAAUGAAGCAGGCAUGGAAUUUCUUAUCUCACCUGCCAGUGAUAGAUGUUGGCUUAAGCGUUAAAGGCUGGUGGGAUGACUCAGUAGAAGGACAUGGUGAACUCACCAUCACAGCUCUGACUUCAGACAAGCGAGAUGAUAACAGAUGGAUCAGAUUGCAUGCUGAUCAAGAGUAUGUGCUUCAAGUCAGCUUGCAGAGAGUCCACUUUGGGUUCCACAAGGGAAAGCAAGACAGCCAUGCAAUUACCCCUCGAUUUCCCAAAUUAAAAGAUGAAGGAUGGUUUUUGAUAUUAGGAGAAGUGGAUAAGAGAGAACUUAUUGCUUUGAAAAGAGUAGGGUAUGUUCGAAAUCAUCAUGUAGUUUCCAUCUCUUUUUAUACCCCUGAAGUACCUGGAAGGUAUAUCUACACACUGUAUUUCAUGAGCGACUGCUACCUGGGCCUGGACCAGCAGUAUGACAUUCAUCUCAACGUCACGUCUGCGAGCAUGUCAGCACAGGUCAACGAGGAGGUCUCUGAUGCCUUGACUGACCUCAAAGUGAAGUAACCUGACCCAAACAAUCCAUUCGAAAGAAGUGGUUGGGAAGUCUGGCUGUUCAAUCAUCUAGACAAAGUCAGAUUACUUGACGUGUGCCAUGGUGGAAUCAACUUCUAACCUCAGGACACCUAGGAAAUUGACAAUUGCUGCAACAUUGACUCCAGCAACACAAAGUUAGCUGCAGUGGCCUUUUAACAAAUGUUUUAUAAUGUUGUCUUCAUGAGUUUCUCGAUAGGUAAAAUGAGUACACAUGUAGAAGAAUCUUUCAAUUUGUGUAUAUUGAGAUGAUAUUUAGGAAUUAUCCAGUUUUACAUUUUACGUCUCACAGUGUACUGUUUACAAGAAUAUUGGCUUCUUUUUUUCUAAGGAAAACUACACUGAGGUGUGACAGUGUUAGGAUUUGUUGUAACAGAUUUCUAACCCUGCAGCAUAAAAUAUAUAAGAUAAACCUAUACAGUGGCACACAGUGUGUCUUGUUAGCAAAAUUUAUACUUUGAUCACAUACAGAAAUAGUUUCAAGAAUUUCUUAUGGUCAUAAAAGUUAAUAAUAUAUGAUAAAAAAUUACAUUACAGAGCCCAAUGAUGAAAAGAAAAGAAAAUGGAAUAUACUGAUCUUAGAAAAUGUAGAUACUGUAUCCGGUGGAAAUAAAAUAUUUAGAUGGCACUUCAAGACAAGCUGACUCAAUUAUUCCUGCUGCUUCCUUCCCAUUGUAUCCCCUCUUACUCUUUUAUUCUUCUUUUCAUUCCCUUCUCCUUCAAGACUUCCCUUCCAUUCUCUUUCUGAUAUAUGUAUUUACACAAGGAGAGAAGUACAGUCUAAUCUGUGUUAUAACAUAUACAGACCAUAGAGUACAAUUCUUUGUCUGUAUGCUCUCUAGGACAGGUCUGAGGCAAACACAGAAAACGUUUGACCCCUACAGGUAGGUUUUUACCUGUGAUAAAGGAAAUUUCUCUACGGUAAUCCCCCCUUAUCUGCAGUCAACUAUGGUCUGAAAAUAUUAAAUGGAAGAUUCCAGAAAUAAACAAUCCAUAAGUUUUAAAUUACAUGCCAUUCUGAGUAGCGUGAUGAAAUCUCACAUCAUCCCACCUGGGAUGUGAAUCAUCCCUUUGUCCAGCGUAUCCACACUGUAUACUCUACCUGCCCAUUAGUCACUUAGUAGCUGUCUCAGUUAUCAGAUCGACUGUCAUGGAACUGCAGUGCUUAUGUUCAAGUCACCCUUCUUUUACUUAAUAAUGGGCCCAAAGCAUGAGAGUAGUGAUGCUGGCAAUUCAGAUAUGCCAAAGAGAAGCCGUAAAGUGCUUCCUUUUUGGAAAAAGGUGCAAGUUCUCAACUUUGUAAGGAAAGGAAAAAAAUCAUAUGCUGAGUUUACUAAGAUCUAUAGUAACUUUAUUAUUAUAGUAUAUUGUUAUAAUUGUUCUAUUUUAUUAUUAGUUAUUGUUAAUCUCUUAUCGUGCCUAAUUUAUAAAUUAAACUUUAUCAUAGGUAUGUAUGUACAGGAAAAACAGUAUAUAUAGGGUUCGGUUCUAUCUGUGGUUUCAGGCACCCACUGGGGGUCUUCAAACGUAUCCCCCACAGAUAAGGGGGGACUGCUGUAUGUCCAAACAAUAUGGGACACCAGGAAUUCACUUUCCAAAAUUAAAUCUAAAUAACUAACAUGAACACACCAAGUACAGGGGGCAUGAGGUGUCCGAAGUGUCUAGUCUCAGAAGUUUGCUUCAUAUAAAGAGUUUUUUCUGCUUUUCUUUUGGCAUUUGUUUCCUAACUGAAAUUCGUACCUUAACUACUGUUUUAGUGAAAUUAAAAGAAAAUGAAGAUUACAUAUAGACAAACAAUUGCCCGUGCACAUAGGAACCUGGGGAGAAACAAUCUCAUUGUCUUCAUGUUCAUCAGCAUCCUUCCUUUUUGUUAGAGAGCAGGUAGUUUUGGGAGGUGGGAGAUGUACUUCACUGGACAUGUGACACAGGACACAGGAGCAAUAAGAAAGAAUUUCUGUUAUGUCUAUCACAGAGAGGAAUUGACUAAUUAAAAUUAAUUUGAAAAUUAAAAGUGAGUAGUUCAGAAUAAGCUGCAGAAGACACUAGUAAGGCAAGGAACUCUUGGAUAGAAAAGUUAACUUUAUUCCAAUGAGUGACCAAUGCUAUUUGUCUACGACUUUAUCGUCAUUCGUUACUCAACCAAAAUGUUAGUGUUAAGUGUGCAUUGUAACAGGGCACAUGCCAAUAUAGAUUAAUACUACUAUUUUCAGAGCUGUAAGUCAUUCACUUCUCAUAACUUUUAGUGGCCAGUAAUUUCACCAAUAUUUCAAAUUGUUCCAAAUCCUAAUUAUUGAGAGAAUUUAUCCUCCUAAAAUUUUUGAAGGGGAUUUUGUUUUCUUGGGGAAAAAAAUUAUGAUAAAAAGAUUUCAGUGAGCUGGAUUAGAAAAGGGCUCUCUUACUUGGAGUACCCACAGCCCACUUCAGCGCUCAGACCAUGAGGCUCAGACCAUGGCUGGCUACUGCAUUGUGCAACUCUGAUUUCAUGGUGUGUCAUUUCAUAGUCCUCUGGAUUUUAUCCACUCCAAAUAAUCCAAGUACCGGUCAGAUAUUUAUUCUAGAUACUAUGUUGAGUACUCUGAUAUCAGAGACACAUCCUGCCCUCAAACAAGGUAGCCUGGUGAUGAAAAGAUAUAGAUAAUUAUAAUAAAAUAAUUACAGCGGUGAAAUAUUUAGAUAAAUCAUGAAGGGACAUUUAGGCAGCGUUUUGAAGAUGGUUAGAAUUGUGAAGGCAGAAAUGAAGGAGCAUUCCAGGUGGAACCAUGUUAACAGAGACUCUGAGAUAGCCCAGCCUAGGAUGUCCAGUUAGUCUGCGUUUUCAGAGACAUGAAAGGGAUCAGCAGGCGAGAAGGAUGGAAAAGUCUGUGAAGUGACCUUGAAUUAGAUGGUGAGCAUUGCAAAUCUUAUGUGUACGCAAUGGAAUUCUUUGGCAAGUCACCAGAGAUUAUGAGCACGUUCUGAGAGUAGAACAGAGAACCCAUGGAGACGUGAGAUAGCCAGGAGCCUGGGAGGGCGUGCAUCCAUGCCUGUGGUGGAUAAUGCGUACUGAACACUGACAAGAGGUCCAGGAAGUGAGAACCAAGUCAGGAGUCCUGGCUUUGUGGGUAGUGUGUCAUUAAUGAUUGUUAAGAGAGUGAGUUCAGCAAAAUAGGAAAGGAGGAAGGUUAGACUGCAGGAGGUAAGGACCUGAGUGAGCAACGAGAAAGGUGAGGCAGUGAAUUAUGCAGGCUUCACUCAGCAAAGAUCUAAUGCAAGGACGUGUGUGAUGGUAGGGUAAGAAUUAGAAAGCCUCUGUUUUCCUUCCCUUUUUCCCUCAACCUCCAUCCCUGUACACACAAAUAUAUAUAUUUUCUUACUACCUUUACACCGUUUAUCCUUACUACCGUUACACCAUUGAGCUAAAAAUUAAAAUUCCUCACACAUCCCCCAAAAUACUUGGGUUGUCCUGCAGUCUUACCCCUGUUCUCUCCAUCAGGGCAAGGUGGAUUCCAGUUCCCUUACAAAUAGGUCCUCCUGUUUCUUGUUACAUUUAGGACCAACUGGAAUUCAACUGUCAGAAACAACCCCCACAUCCCUACAACCCUUGGCACAAGAACACAGGGAAGCCAUCAGCCCAAACAGUAAGAGCUGCAGCAUUGAAAGAGGGAACAUGCCCAUUUCCAUGCAUAACUACCCCUUCUCUUUCCAAGUUCCAUGGGUAGCUUUGAUGGGAAGAGGAUACAGUGGCGUGGAACAUUUAGUCACCAAAAAUGAUCUGUUUCCUCUUUCCUUUACCCACACAGAUGAUACAGCAGAGUGAAAAUAUAUAAGAUUGAGCCUCCCCCUCCAAUUUUUUUCUUUUAGAGCAAGAGAAUGCUUUUUUUUUUUUUUGAGGAAGAUUGACCCUGAGCUAACAUCUGUUGCCAAUCUUCUUCUUUUUCUUUUUUCUCUGCAAAGCCCCCAGAACAUAGUUGUAUGUCUUAGUUAUAGGUCUUUUAGUUCUUCUAUGUGGGAAGCCGCCUCAGCAUGGCUUGAUGAGUGGUGAGUGGGUCCAUGCCCAGGAUCCGAACCGGUGAACCCUGGACGGCCGAAGCAGAACACGUGAACUUAACUGCUACACCACCAGGCCAGCCCCACUUCCCCUCCAGUUUUGACAUUCCCUUCUAGGUGAACUCAUCCAGCAGCCUUAGAAAACUGCACACACUUCCCGAGCGCACACACACGCAUGCCUCCAGUUGGUCAGGCCAAAACCCUUGGAGUCGUUCUUGACUCCCCGUUUUUCCCAGUCCAAGCAUAAUCUGUCAGCAAACCCUUUCAGCUUUACCUUUAAACUCUAUCCAGAACCCAAGCACGUUUACUGCUAGCACCCUCCUCCACACCACCUCCAGACUGGCCUCCCUGCUCCUUCUCUUGCCCCGUUACAGUAGUUUCUCUACACAACAAUCAGCCUUUUGAAACACAAGUCUGAUCAUAAGCCUGCUCUGCUCAAAAGCUUCCUAUCCCUUUCCAUCUCAGAAUAAAAGCCAAAAUCAUUACAGUGCCUGCAGGGUCCUGCAUGGUCUGGGCCUCCUCCCCCAACUACCUUCUGGCCUCAUCCCCUUACUCUCCCUCUCACUCAGCACACCAACCACACGCAGUGGUCACCUUGCUGCUGGUAGAGCAUCUUGCAGGGCCUCUGCUCUUCCUGCCCCAUCAGUGUGGACGGCUCCUCCCCCAGACACCCGCAAGUCUGACCAUCUCAGUUUAAACGGCAAGCCCAGCAGUCUCCCCUCUCCCCCUUUCUUGGCUUGCUUUCUCCAUUGUUCUUAUCACAGCUGUAAAAAUAUCUGUUCAGUAUUAGUCUCCACUGACUAAGCUUCAGUAAGGGACUUUUGUCAAUUUUGAUCACAGUUACGUUAGCAGGACGUACCGCAUUGCCUGGCACGUGGUGGCUGCUGGAUGAAUACUAGUUGAAUGGCUACGUGAACACAGAGACACAUGGAUCCUGAGACACCACACGCCUACUGCAGCUGACCCCUACUCUUCUAGAAAUCGCAACUACUCUCAGAGACUUGCCAAGAGCAGGGUACUUACGUGAUCCUCUUAUAUCAUCUGUCACAGAGGAAAGGUAUACUUAAGUUAAUUGGUAGUUUUAUGAUGAUGAUGACUUAUUAUGUAUAAAAAGAAUAAAAUAUUUUUAUAUUGCAAUGGA